AUGUCCCUACAAUUCUUUUCACAACUCUCUGAUAAUCUUGGAAGACUACUCGAGUACGCGGAUGACUUUAAUGUCAUUGUAAAAGUUGGAAAUCACCCAGAGUUCGCCGUGUUUCAAGCGCACUCUGUCAUCUUACGAGCUAGGUCUGAAUACUUUCGUGCGGCUCUAUCGAGUAACUGGGCGAAAAAAGAAGGCGAGUGCUUCGUCUUUGAAAAGCCAAACAUUUCUCCUGCUGUGUUUGAUGUAAUAUUAAGCGCACAUCCUUCCUAA